AUGACAUCCACCCAGGGCAUGUCGUACAACGACAACUUGCAAUACUCCGCCAUGGAGAUUCUGGGAUAUGCAAAAAUCCAGACCGGCGCGCCUCCCCAGAAAUUGGUCACAGAGGUGGAAAGAUCUCUCCGGUCGGGACCAAACGUAGUGUCAGGGCCCGUUACGUAUGGGAGAGGGGAUCAUGAUGCAUGCGAAAGCUAUUUGAAAUUCGGAAUCCAGGAUGGUGAUUUCACCAGGAAGAUUGAAGAAGUGAUCGGGAGGCCCGCUUUUCUUCUCCACCAAGGCCCGGUCAUCGUCCACUCGUCCAUUCUUCCAACCAACUGGGGAAUCAAUGCCGCCCACCCGGUCCGAAAUGGGGUCUCAGUCUUCCGAGUCCUGUCAGGUAACCUGGAGGACAGAGUGGCAACCUUGAAGCUCUAUCCGAUCUCCCACCACUUGUCUAGCGCCGAAUUCGCACAGGAAAGAGGAACAUCGAGAUCUUUCGAUUUGCGAUCGGACGUGGUACUGUUCGUGCGAGGUGGAGUCAAGAUGGAGAUUUCGCUGCCUGCUGGGGCAUUUCUUGUGUGGCAAGGAUAUUCCGAGGAUCCGUGGGGGAUGGAUCCGUCAGCCCCUGAAGCUUUUGCCUUUAUGAGAAUCUAG